AUGGUGCGAAUGGUGAGCAUGAUACUGCUCGGUCUACUAACGGUAGCUGCAUCUGUUGCAGCGCAGUCAAGUGUGCGAGUCGUCACCGUUCUGAUCUAUCAGUCAUGCGGUGUUCCAGUCGAAUUCCCGUCGACCCUCGAUUACCCGACGAAUCCGGCCAGCUACAGCCAAAUGUCGACCAGGCCGGCAGGGCCAUCUAACACCACGGCGACGCAGUAUUUUUCUCCUGGAUAUCUAACAAGCAUACAGCCCUACACUGGUACAUUGCCUUUGACAGCUCCUACGACUAUCACAACAAUCUUGCCCAGUGGGACUCGAAGUGGCAUUUAUAUCAUCCAAUAUCCCCGGACGGGAUGGGUCACGGUCACGUCCGCAUACAUUGGCACGGCAGCACUCACUGGUCAAACAACCGUCCGAACAGUGAGCCCAUCCGGCGGCUAUCCAGGCACAUACUAUGUUGAAACGCCUGCGCCAUCUUCAACGUACUCGACGUCGAACGUCGUGGGUAGCUAUACCUCUAACGGCAUAACCUAUUCGACCACUUUCGAGAUCACCACAGCAGUCUCAGAUGCGGGACCGACUCCUGCAAUUUCGACACAGAUCAAUCCAAGCAUCAGCGAGCCAUUCACUACGACGAUUUCUAGCACGCCAGUGGUGCAGAUCCCGCCAUACACGACCAUCUACACGCAGUUUCCGUCUGCAUCAAGCAUUACGGCACCUGUCACAGUCACCACUAUUCCGCCAAAUUCAGCAGGCAAUGGACAGGGUACGAUCAUUGUGGGUGUCCCAGCUGUUCGUUGGGUCACCACGACGGUACGAUGGACUGGCUCGACUUUGAUCACUGCUCCCAUUACGAGCAGCUAUCCGCCGACAGGCACUGAGCCUGGAUCCGUCGUGGUGCAGACUCCGCCGCCUGUUGUUUCGACGACAAGGGCUUAUUCUGGCACAUCUUCGAUUCCCUCCCUUAUCACGGCGACAACUCUGGUCGGCAGUGGCUCAGAUGCCUGGACCGUGAUUCUGGAGACAUUAUCCGGGUAUCAGCCUCCACUCUAUCAGACGACAACUCAGCUGUACACAGGAGCCUCCCCGAUCUCAGAUCCAAUCACCACUACGUUCGAGCCUAGCGGCACAAAUGCCGGGCUGGUUCUGAUUCAGACGCCACCAGGCUGGGUCACUUCGACGAGGGCUUACAGUGGCUCUUCAUCAAUCACCGCGCCGAUCACUGCAACCUCGAUCUGGCCAGUUGCGGAUAGUCCAGGUGUUGUCUGGAUCGAGACACCGACUGGAUACGCGCAGCCUUCGACGUCCGAGCCAGUGCAGUCGUCUGCUCAGCUCAUCUCUUCGACUGGAUCUGCGCUGUCUUCGCCCACUCCAGCAGGCUCGUCCCCAGUGCAGAGCUCUUCUCUGUCCACCCAAGGAGGACUGUCGCAAGUUCCGAGCUCUUCUCUGUCUACUCAAGGAGGACUCUCGCAAGUCCCAAUGUUUUCACAGCCAUCCGCUUCAUCUACAGCUGGCCAGUCAAUUAGCAGUACAUUAGGAUCAAUUUCAACGCCAUCUUCAUCGCCCUCAGCCCUUCCAACAUGCCCACCCCUUGUUUGCGGCGCCAUCGCGAGGAACUCAACCUCUUGCGAGAACUCGUACGGUAAUCCAUACAACGUGACAUGCGGCAUCAGACUCUGGGGCACGAUCGCCAAGCGUGCUACUGUCCGAAACAGCGAAGAAUGCCUCGUCCAGUGCGAUCAGACUCCUGGAUGCGUGGCUGUCAAUUUCUACAGCCAGGCUUCGCCCCAACCCGAAAACUGCGAGCUGCUGAGCGAAGUCGAUUAUGAGACGAGCGAUCCUGGAACAGCUGGCGCGGAAAGGCCUGCGGACGUCGAGGAAAUCAAUUCCGUGCCGCCGACUUCGAGCGCUGAGUCUACGCCGCCUCCGCAGCAGCUCACGACGACUACCACACGUCUAUACACUGGUACUUCUCCGAUUUCUGAUUUCAUCACGGCUACAACCAUUCCGGCGAGUGGCUCUAAUCCUGCUGUCGUUGUCAUUGAAAGUCCUGGUCCCCCUGGCAGCCCUGGCUAUCAAACAUCUUUCAGACCUUACACUGGGACAUCGUUCUUAACGGUAGCGACCACCAUCUCCACUGUACUGCCCAGUGAUCAGGUUUCGGGGACUUACAUUGUGGAGACGCCUUCUGCUGCACUUCCCUCCAGCAAUUUUGCCAGCUCGAGCCCUGCUGGCUCAAGUCCUGCUGCAUCUACUUCCACCUUGCUUGGCAGCUCGAAUUCUGGGAUCGCUCUAGCCACUUCUUCUGAUGUCUCGAGUUCCGGCGCUCUUCUACCCAGCGUCACUGGCUUUUCGAGCUCUGCUGCCAGCUUGCCUGGUGCUUCUAGCAGCUCGACCUCUGGUGCUAUUUUGCCCAGUGUCUUUGGCCCCUCGAGCUCGGCUGCUGUCUCCUCCAGUGCCUCUGGCAUCUCAACCUCAGCUGCUCUCUUGCCUAGCAUCUUUAGCAGCUCGCUCUAUGCUGCGCCUUCCUUGCCAUCAACGAACUCAAUCUCAGGCUCUGAGACUUACGUCACGGUCACACGGCCUUGGACAGGCACUUCUCCCAUUUUCAGUCCGACUAUUGUGUCUACGAUUCUUCCAAGCAAUGGCCAACCAGGAACAUAUAUCCAGGAGACCCCAGCGAGUCUGCUUGGACAUGUCACCUCAACUCGCGGCGUGUACACUGGACAAGAGCAAAUCACCGCAGCGACGACCGUCAGCACUGUUUUUCCAAGCCAGGGCGCUUCUGGCCCUGUUUCAGGGACAUACAUAGUCGAGACGCCGUCACCUUUCAUCUCUGGAGCGUCCUCUACGACCGCGCCAUCAAGUUCUGGGCAGGAAAGUUAUGUGACUUUAACAAUAGCGUACUCAGGCUCCUCAAGCCUGACCGCGCCGCUGACAUCCACAAUCGCUCAACCUUCAGCUGGAAACCCGGGUACAGUCCAGAUUCAAACUCCUGCUCGAUACGUUACAUCCACACGAGCAUAUACGGGAACCAUCCCCAUUACCGCAGCAACAAUCGUGACGACGAUCCAGGGCAUGGGUUCAGAUCCAAACACGAUUGUAGUUGAGGAACCAUCGCCGAGCGGCGCCUCUUCGUGCGCACCGAACAGCAACGGCAACGUAACAAGCGCGAACGGCAAUUCUUACACCGUCAGAUGUCAAGCUGAAACGGAUGGAUCUUCUCUGGGCUCCAGGCAGGCGACUAUUGGAUUCAAUGACUGCUUCGACUUCUGCGAUACCACUUCUGGAUGUCUUACUUUCACUUUCAUCGGAUCUGGUCUGAUUAUCGAAGAAGGUCCUGGAGAAUGCCAACUCAAAGGCGCUGCGGCGUCUGACCCGACCUUCACUUCAUUCAAUGUGAAUGCAGUCUCCGCUGUCCGCUCCGGAGGUGUCUCGCCGGGUCCUUCAUACUAUGUCACAACAAUGCGACCUGGUACCAAUCCAGGCCUCAUCGUUAUCGAAUACCCUACCAGCUCAUCACAAGCGUUGACAGCGUCAGCCACUUCGGCGGAAGCAUCGAGCACUUCAGCCAGCUCUUCGGGACUCUCCUCGACAAGCGUUCCGUCGUCUAGCUCUUCACAGCUCUCCAGCACAACAGAAGCAUCGACUGCAUCAGCUACUUCAGCGGAAACAUCGGGUACUGUGGUCAGCUCAUCACAAGCGCCACCUCCUGGAUACGUUACCUCAACUUCCUAUGGCCCAUUUGCCGGCACCACAACGCUCACUUCCAUCCCGUACAGCGGCACAAUCUCAGGCACGAUAAUCUUAGGCAUCCCGGAAACCUCGCAGGCGAACUACUACAUCACGUCGACGAGCUAUGGAUCCUUCCCUGCAACAACUGUCUUGACCUCAGUGGCUCCUAGCGGCACUCACCCAGGCUCGAUUUGGGUGGGCAUACCGGAAAUACCGACUCCAGGAUAUCAAACCAGCACUUCUUGGGGGCCGUUCAGCAGCCCUACCACCUUGACCUCUAUCGCUCCGAAUGGGCAACAGUCAGGUACCAUAAUUGUGGGCCAGCCAUGGACGGAUACGACGGUAAGAAUUCUUCAUCUAUUCACCAGAAAGCUGUACUAA